CCUUCCGUCCUCCCUCCGCGACAAUGCAACCCUAUCGACCUCCCUCCCUGGAUCGCGUCGCAUCAUGUUCCGAACGGGCCGCCAUUGCGAUGCCUUGACCACAGCUUGACUUGUCAAGGGAGCGCAUCAAGCUUUGCGCCUUCAAUCUCGGCACCGUCAGCCAUGGCCUGAGGUGCACUCCCAGCCUGGACCGCGUGUCCCCGUCAUCGGCUCGUCCAACCCAGGGACCGGGAAUGGCAACCCGUAAGAAUAAAUUAAGCCUCCAUCGAAGCCGAAAAAGGGGUCAGGGGAUACGAUGGAAGCCAAGGUGUAUAAGAUCGAUCGGCUUCCCGCCAUGUCUCCCGGGCUUGUUCCCAGUGUCUUGUCUUCCACCACCACCACCACCACCAAGCCUUCCUCACCACCAUCACGAUGAAGUUCACGGUUCUCGCUGGCCUCGUGGCCCAAGCUCUGUCUGUCUCCGCCGGCACCAUUCUCUGGGAUGGCCGCUUCAACGACUUCACCUCCUCCACCGACCUGAGCAAGUGGUCUUGGAGCAACCAGGUCGGCGCCUACCAGUACUACAUCCACGGUUCUUCCGAGGUCACCGCCUACGUCAACCUCUCUCCCAGCUACAAGAACCCGGCCGACACGGGCUCCAACCAGGGUGCCAAGAUUACCCUCGACAAGACGGCCUACUGGAACGGCCAGAACAUGCGCCGUACCGAGCUGAUCCCCCAGACCACGGCCGCCAUCAACAAGGGCAAGGUCUUCUACCACUUCUCGCUCAUGCGCAAGGACACCAACGCCCCCGCCCUUACCCGCGAGCACCAGAUCGCCUUCUUCGAGAGCCACUUCACCGAGCUCAAGUCCGGCUGGCAGUCGGGCGCCUCUGGCGUCUCUGACCCCCUGCUGAGGUGGUGCAUCGGUGGCCAGACCAAGUGGAGCGUCAACUGGGACGCCGGUGUGUGGCACAACGUUGCCUACGAGAUCGACUUCAGCGCCAACACUGUCGGUUUCUGGCACUCUACUGGCAGCGAUCCCCUUGUCCAAGUUAUCGCUCCCCAGUCUGCCAGCACCAGCAGCAACGGUGCUGACUGGCACGUCGGUGUUCUCGAGCUUCCCCGUGAUGGUUAUGCGGAUACCACUGAGGAUUUCUACUGGUCUGGUGUCUACAUUGAGAGCGGCAGCAUCACCACUUCCGUUGCUGGUCCCGGCUCCUCCUCCCCCAACCCCGGUACCCCCAGCAGCAGCAGCAGCAGCAGCAGCAGCAGCAGCAGCAGCAGCAGCAGCGUCGCCCCCGUCAAGCCUUCCACCUCCUCUACUUCCUUCUCUACUUCCUCCUCUACCACCUCCGCUACUUCGACCACCCGUGCUGCCGUCACCACCAGCGCCGCGCCUGCUGUCACCACCUCGAAGACUAGAUCCUGCACUCGUAACACUACCGUCACCACCACCAGCGCCGCUCCUGCUGCCACCACCUCGGCUAGCUCCUGCACUGCUGCUCAGUGGGCCCAGUGCGGUGGUAACAACUUCUCUGGCUGCAAGACUUGCGCUUCCCCGUACAAGUGCAACUUUGUCAAUGACUGGUACUCCCAGUGCUACUAAGCCGUGGCAGUUGCAGCAGGAGAGGAGUAGUGGUGGUGGUUGCUAGAUGGUAGAAGAUGUGGAUGUGGAUGCAUGUACAUAUUGUUCGCUUCUUGUUUAUACUUAUACUUUAUGCAUAUACACUUGUUUGCUCAAC